AUGAUAUUCCUUCGUCGUCACCUUCACCAGGAUCUUAAAAAUGAGUAUCUUACCGUAACUGACCCACAUGUCUUGUGGAAAAAUUUGAAAGAUAGAUAUGAUCAUCAAAAAACGGUUAUCCUACCAAAAGCUCGAUAUGAAUGGAUGCAUUUACGUUUGCAGGAUUUUAAAAGUGUAAGUGAUUAUAAUUCUACAAUGUUUAGAAUAACUUCUAAGUUAUUAUUAUGUGGAGAAAAAGUAACUGAUGAAGAUAUGCUAGAAAAAACAUUUUCCACUUUUCAUGCAUCCAAUGUGCUCCUGCAGCAGCAAUAUCGAGAAAAGGGGAAAAAUCGUGGUCGCGAUCGUGCAUACGCACGUGGUCGUGGUCGUAAUUAUGCUCAUGGUCUUGGUUUUGAUCGUGGUCGCAAUGGGAAUCAUAAAAACACAUAUUUCCACCCGAAGUGGAAAAAUGUUGAAAAGAAUGAAAAAGAGGGUCAGAGUAGCAAAACAAAUGAAAAUAUUUGCUAUCGUUGUGGAGGAAAAGGUCAUUGGAGUCGCACUUGUCGUACUCUAAAACACCUUGUUGAUCUUUAUCAAAAAUCACUGAAAAAUAAAAAGGAAAGGAUCGAGACUCACUUUGCUAAUGAAGAUGAUGAUCAAGAUUACGGUAAUAUGGAUGUUACCCAUUUAGAUAUUGGUGACUUCUUUGCUGAUCCAAAUGGAAAAAUUGAUCACCUUAUUGGAGAUGGAAGUGUCAAGAAAUAA